UGCGCUGCCCGCCAUGCCCGGCCGCCCCGACGACUACGAGGUGCUGCUCACCAUCGGCGCCGGCUCUUACGGGAAGUGCCGUAAGGUGCGCCGCAAGGCCGACGGCAAGAUCUUGGUAUGGAAGGAGCUGGACUAUGGCGCGAUGACGGAGUCGGAGAAGCAGAUGCUCGUGUCGGAGGUGAACUUGCUGAGGGAGCUGCGGCACCCGAACAUCGUGCGCUACUACGAUCGCAUCAUUGACAGGAGCAGCACCACCCUGUACAUCGUCAUGGAGUACUGCGAUGGGGGAGACCUGGCCGGCUUGAUCGCCAAGUGCGCGAAAGAAAGGCAUUUUUUGGAUGAAAGCUUUGUUCUCAGAGUGUUGACUCAAUUAACAUUGGCCUUGAAGGAGUGUCACAGACGGAGCGAUGGUGGAGUCACUGUGCACCGUGACCUGAAACCAGCAAACGUCUUUCUAGAUGGCAAACAGAAUGUGAAACUUGGAGAUUUUGGACUGGCUAGGAUAUUACACCAUGACACCAAAUUUGCCACAACGUUUGUUGGCACUCCAUACUACAUGUCUCCUGAACAAAUGAACUACAUGUCAUACAAUGAAAAAUCUGACAUCUGGUCGCUGGGAUGUCUCGUGUAUGAAUUAUGUGCUCUUUCGCCUCCAUUUACGGCUUACAACCAAAAGGAGCUGGCAGAAAAGAUAAAGGAAGGGAGGUUCAGGCGAAUACCAUAUCGUUACUCAGAUGAGCUGAAUGACCUUCUCAAAGAGAUGCUGAAUGUAAAGGAUUACUGCCGACCUUCUGUUGAAGAUAUUCUGCAGCGUCCCUUGAUAGAAAAUGUGGUGACAGAAGAACUAAAACAGAAUUUUGAUAGAAGAGGCUUGAGACCACGGGAGCCAGAAAGGCCGCAGUACUCAGAUGUUGCAGUGAAUGAGCUGAAACGGAAGGAGCAACAAUUACAGGAGCGAGAGCAAGCCAUUAAAGAGAGAGAACAACGUCUGGAGCAGAGAGAACGGGAGCUUUGUGUUCGGGAGAGACUGGCAGAGGACAAACUUUCUAGAGCUGAAAACCUGCUGAAGAGGUACAAUCUCCACAAGGAGCAGCGGGAGGUAACGUGUGCGGAAGGUCCAGAUAACGCACUCCUGCUUCCCCUUUCUACAACCAAGAAGAACUCACUCCUUGAUGGAAGUGAAGAGAAAGCUGUGUCUCCUCAUAAUAUGGAAAACUAUUUCCUUUCCAAAGGGAAAAGCUCUGAUCUCAAAAGUCGUCUCUAUGCUGCAAAUCUACGAGCUCAAGCACUGGCUGAACUGGAAAAAAACUAUCAACUAAAGAGCAGACAAAUCUUGGGCAUGCGUUGAAACUGUAACAGAUAUAUUUAUCUUUGAAAAGAAGAUUAAAUGUAUAGGCAGAUACUUGUGCCUCCCUCUCUUAAGCUAGAACCUACUGAAGAAUUAUUUUUACACUUGUACAAACUCUUAGUUUAUGAUAGGUAGUUUAUGAUAAAUGCAUAAGAUGCUCUAUGAUGAAAAUAGGUACUUUUGAUACCAAAUAAAACAAAUUGAAUUAAUUGUAUUCUUAAAGAAAAAUAUUUUGGUCCUCCUGUUUACCAUACAUUUCUGAAAAUAUAAAGAAUGAAUAUAUAUAAAUUAUUUGUUUAAAAUCUGAUGUGGAAAACUUUUCAGGUGAAAAAUGUACAGAGAUUCAUAGUCUAUAGGUUAAAAUGAUGCUGUAUGUAAUGCACAGUUGUUGAUAAAGGAAGUGAUAUUCUGUAUAUGUGGGAAAACAGUGCCUUCUUUUCUGCAAUUGUAAAUAUUUUAUAACAAAAAAGCACAAAGAUUUUUUGCAUCUCUUCCUACUAAGUAAGUGACUUAUCAAAGCAGGUUACUUUUAAUGUUAUGUUUUGACUAAUGAGUGGGAUGAGAAAUAAUGUAAUUUCUGGGUUUAUAUUCCUUUCCUGCCUGAGCAGCUGAAUGCUUUGUCCAUCCUCCUACAAGACCUGCGUCAGGGUAUGGCAUUUGAAAUAACAACUUCUUUGCCUUGCCUUGAAACUGUAUUAUAAACUGAUCCCCUGAGACUGCUGUCUAGGAUGGGACACUAUCCAGCAUAUUGGCAUCUGUGUUUUGGGGUGGGGCAGUUGUCCUUUAAAUAGUAAAACCUUAUUUUCUUGAAGUUUAGGAGGUAUCUCCAUCUUACCCUUUACAAUUCCCUGCUGGUGUAGGAGUUGCUCACUUAAGGUGGU